GCUUUUUUUUGGGUAAAAUGAAGGUUGUAGCUUGUUGACAUCACUAUACGAUUACAGAGAGGUGUUGUUUGUGUUUUAACUCCGUUUCGUGAAAGAGCUAUUGAGCCGGGAAGUCCGAAUCUGUGAAUAUCUUUCUAACUUUACUGAACUCCAUACAUGUCCCGUUUCUAGAUUGGUGUGUUGCGUCUCCUGAUGUGACCUCCAGGUGUAACGUGGCAGUUCUAAUCUGGGACACUGGAGUAUAAAGUGCAACACAGAGAGGACUUCCCACAAAACUCAGGUAUUAAACCAAGGAAGUCAGUUCCUUUGAAUGAAGUCCGAGUCUCAGUCAUUCCGGUUCUCAAGCCGACUACUUUUUUAGAUUGUCGCAUGGAACAAAAGUAAUCGUUGGUGUUUUUCUCUCCGUCACUUCUGUAAUUUAAUUAGUAUAUUCAGAUCGUUCUCAUUAUAAAUUAGUGAGUUACACCAAGUGCGCUCGUGUUUAAAGUGAGGCAGACAAUGGAAGAAGAUGCGCGUGCCUCUCCAGAAAGGAGCGUAGGCGAUGCCAAGGACACUGUUCCACAUGUGGGGGCUCCAGGUGCCGCGGAGCCCAUUGAGAGCAGCAGCAUCCCGAACGGAGACAGUGGCUCCGCGGCCACAACGCACUUAUACAAGAAGCGCUGGCUGAUUGUGUUCCUGUUCAGCGCGUACUCCCUGAGCAACGGGUACCAAUGGAUCCAGUACGGCAGCAUCAGCAACAUCAUGAUGAAGUUCUACGGCGUGGACAGCUUCAGCAUCGACUGGCUGGCCAUGGUCUUCAUGCUCACCUACAUCCCCUUCAUCUUCCCGGUCGCCUGGCUCCUACAAAAGAAGGGCCUGCGGGUCACCGCGCUCCUGGCCAACGUGCUGAACCUCGCCGGGACGUGGAUCAAGGUGGCCAGCGCCAAAUCCAACCUGUUCGGGGUGACCAUGCUCGGGCAGUUCAUGAGUGCUCUGUCUCUGGUCUUCAUCCUCGGGAUGCCUUCCAGGAUGGCGUCGGUCUGGUUCGGCACGAGCGAGGUCUCCACCGCCUGCUCUAUUGGAGUUUUGGGGAAUCAGAUGGGUAUCGCCAUUGGGUUCCUGCUCCCUCCCAUCCUCGUGCCUAACGUGGACGAUUUGGACGAGCUGGCGUACCACAUCAGAAUCAUGUUCUACAUCAGUGCGGGAGCGGCCACCGUCCUCUUCAUCCUCGUGAUCAUUUUGUUUCAGGAGAAGCCUGAGCUCCCUCCAAGUCAGGCCCAGGCUCAGGCCAGGAACAUCCCCCCCGAAGAGUACUCGUACACAGCUUCUAUCUGGAACCUGCUGCGCAACAAGCCCUUCAUGCUCCUGGUGGUCAGCUAUGGGCUGAACAUCGGCAGCUUCUAUUCUAUUUCCACGCUGUUGAAUCGGAUGAUCAUUGCACACUACCCUGGUGAAGAGGUGAAUGCUGGGAGAAUUGGUCUGACUAUUGUUGUUGCUGGCAUGGCAGGGUCACUCGUAUGCGGCAUUUGGCUGGACAGGACCAAAACAUACAAACAAACCUGCCUGGCCGUUUACUUCUUCUCUCUGGUUGGGAUGCUCGUCUUCACUUUCACCCUCAACCUGGGCUACCUGUGGGUGGUGUUCGUCACUGCUGGAGUUUUAGGCUUCUUCAUGACCGGAUAUCUGCCUCUGGGCUUUGAGUUUGCAGUCGAGCUCACCUUUCCAGAGUCAGAGGGAACCUCAUCCGGAAUGCUUAACUGUUCAGCUCAGAUCUUUGGAAUCAUUUUCACCAUCUCUCAAGGGAAGAUUAUUGACCGAUGGGGCACUUUGGCAGGGAACAUCUUCCUGUGCAUCUUCCUGCUCAUAGGAACAGCACUGACAGCUUUAAUCAAGUCGGACCUCCGACGACAGAAGGCCAACCUUCAAAAGACUGAGGAGCAGACAGUGAGUCCCACAGGCUCCGUGUCAUCGGUGGUGCAGGACUACGGGGCCACAGCAGGCAAGGUCCUCUGGGAACGGAAGUUCUGACAUAAAUCUGAAAUCUCACUAAAACCAAAACAGACACCUUCCAAGAAAGCGCCGACUGAUGUCGAAGGAGCCGUCUCUCCCCCUGAGGUCCUGAAAGAGGGGAAACUCUGAGGAGGACGGACUCUAAGACACCAUGAGACGCCGUGAAAAGAGAAACACUGCCACGCGCACGCUUCAACGUGCACACAUGGCCGCGGAGAGAAACAGUCUGAGAUGAAGUGUGAGCACAAUGAGAGUGAAUCAUACUGCGCAGCAGGCCUGCUGUACAUCUGAUAUACCGUAUGGUUGAUUCACACUAAUAUCCCAAGUGCACCUUAGUUCACCCUCAACAAAGCACAAGUUAAUCAUGCACAAGGAACCUCGAUGGUUUUCACACUAACUGAUCUUUGUGAAUAUGAAUUUGAUCCAAUGCAAGCCUUUUACAAAUCCUGUUGGUGUAAUGCAACGGCCACUUUAGUGACUCCUACAUUCCUAAACACUUCACCUGAAUUAUUUCCUCACCUUUUAUCUGUUGUUAUAUGCAUCUAAUGAGCAAUAUUUAAAUUUGUUUGUGUAAAUAUUGUGUGUAACUGUUGUUUUCACCUCAACAAGUCAUAUCAUCUCUGCCUGUCCUUCAAAGUUUUACUUUCGUAUACUGCUGAUUAUAACAUACGAUGGAUGCUGUGCAUCUGAGUACUCUUUGGAAGUUCAGUGUUGCCCUUGUUUUACUGUAAGUGAUCUCAGGAACGCAUUUGGUCAUAACUAUCUGGAUAUACACGAGAGUCUGGAACAAGUGUGUUCCUAAUGCUGCGUAGCCUGUGUUCCUGAGACGUGAAGUCCAUGCUGUGUAAUCAGUACAGUUGGUCAUCAUUUACUUGAUGUGUGGUGGCAAGUUGUCUCGUGGCUUCCCGAUUUCAUAAUGAAUGUUGUGUAUGUGAUUUUUAAGAGGCGCUAAUUAUUCUAUCACUGGUAUUUUAGGACAUUGUACAGUGCUGUGAAAGCUCUACAUCCUCAGAUUCUUCUAUUUUGACUGUAUACCUCGUAUUUUCUAUGACACAAAGAACAUGAAGUUAAAGAAAUAAACUAUAAAACAUGA